AUGGCCGCCGAACCCUCAGAGAGGUCGUCACUCCUCCCGGUCGGGGGGGACCGCGAGGAUGACCAGGACCAGCCCUCAUCGUCCGAGACCGCUCCCCUCCUUGCUCCCCAGGGUGACGGGGACGAGGCCGCCCUGCAGGAGUCCUCGGUGUCGUCAUCUCCGUCACAGGCUGGUCGUUCUUCGGGCUCCGGCUGGCGAUGGCCGAGCCUCAUAGCCGGCGUCGUCAUGGUCGCCCUGGUCAUCGCCGUCCUGCUGUGCGGCUUCCUCCUUCCCGGCGCCGUCAAGGUGUAUGCCGAGAACGCGGCCGUCCUCGAGCCCCGCAGCCUGUCGGUCGAGUCCAUCACCAACGACGGUGUCAGGGCACGCAUCCGGGCCGAAUUCCACCUCGACGGCUCCCGCGUCUCCGACCCACACGCCCGCCGCAUCGGCCGCUUCACCACGGGCAUCAUGCGGUACCUCAGCACCGAGGAGACGCGGGUCAGCGUCUACGCCCCCGGCUACGACGACUCCCUCCUGGGAUCCGUCGCCGUCCCGCCCCUCACCGUCUCCAUCGUCGACGGCCACAGCACGCUCCUCGACAUCGUCGCCGACCUCGUUCCCGGGGACGUCGACAAUAUUCGCAGGAUCGCCAACAGCUGGCUCGACGGAAAGUUGGAUAACCUCAAGCUCACGGGGUCGACUUCUAUCACGCUCAAGUCGGGCUUCAUCCCCCUCGGUUCGCAUGAUGUGGUGGAAUCCAUGGUCUUCGAAGCAAGCAAAAUCCCAUCUCUCCCUGAACACAAGAUCGAGCGCCUCAGCUUCCAUGAAGUGCCUCUGGGCCGUGGUGGACAGCAGGCCAUCGGGGCCAACGUCACGCUCUCCGCUCACAAUGACUACCCGGUUGGCCUUGACGUGCCCCCGCUCAGCUUCGAAAUCUUGUUGGCCAACUGUGACGACUCAGACUCGUACAUUGCCGUCGCAGAGGCUAUCACUGACCCCGUCGAGGUGCAGCCAGAAGCCGACGUUUACGCGGCUGCCCUGGGAAUCAUCAGGAAGAUCCCAGAGCCCCUGACGCGGUCGUGCCCCGACAGCAACACAUCGCCUCUCGACCACUUCAUGCACCGCUACCUGCACGGAGAGGACGCCCAGAUCUGGGUUCGCGGUGCCCGGUCCAACGGCUCGGACACACCCGAGUGGAUCGUCUCGAUACUCGAAGACAUGAUGGUCCCCGUGGGCUUCCCCGGAAAGUCAUUUGGCGACGUCAUCAGGAACUUUACGGCAGAGGACGUCGACUUUCAGAUGCCGAGCCCCUUUGCCGACCCGGGCGACCCGGACGGCGUGCCGCGCGUAUCGGGUACCAUCAUGGUCGUCGCCGCUCUGCCCGAGGAGUUCGACCUGGAGAUGGGUGUCGGCAAUAUCCGCUGCGAUGCAGACCUCUACUACGAGGGCGACAAGCUGGGCGAGCUCAACAUGAGCAAGUGGGUGGGGGCCAACUCGACGCGCAUCGUCGGCGACGACGACAGCGGCGAGACGCUGAUCAUGAUCUCGUCCCACGUCGACAAGGUGCCCCUCAGCAUCACGGACAACUCGGUCUUUGCCGAGGUCCUCCAGGAGAUGCUUUUUGGCGACGAGGACGUGCUGCUUCAGGUCCAGGCCAGCGUCGACGUCAAGGUCGGCACCGUGCUCGGAAACCUCCCGCUCAAGGGCGUUCCGGCCAACGGCACGAUCCCGGUAAAACAUCUGCCAAAAAGCAUGUACAACGCUCUAGAACCGCAGGUCGACGAGCUCCGCAUCCUCAACACGUCCGACACGGGUACCUGGAUGCAGGCCCGCGUCAACUUUACCAACCCGUUCCCCUACACGGCCUCCAUCCCGCGAUUGAAUGUGCACCUCCUCGGGCAGGACACGGUACUCGGCUCGGCCACGGCGACGGAUAUCAACCUCCGGCUCGGCAACAACACAGGCCACUACAUCGAGGCAAUAUGGGACCCUAUCCUUCUGGGCAACGACCCUGACUCCGACUCCGAACCUGCCCGCGACAGAGCCCGCCGCUGGCUAUCCGACUACGUCUCGGGCAAGAACACGACUCUCGAAGUCCGGACCCACGCCGGCACCUUUCCCACCAUGCCCCUCCUCGGCCAGGCCCUGUCCGGACUCAACCUCACCGUACCCACACCACAUCUGGGACUGCCCGGCGGUGACCACGGUGGCGGCGGCGGCACGCCCCCGACGGGUGACGGCCACUUUGUCCGCGACGCGACCUUCCACCUGCUAUCCUCGACGGCCACAUUCACGCUCGCCUCCCCCCUACACGGCACGACGGUCUACCUCGACCGCAUCGACGCACGGGCCUUUUACAACAGCACCGAGCCCGUAGGCCGGAUCCUCACCACCAACCCCUUCUCCGUGCCGCCGGGACUGUCAACCUCGCCCAAGCUGCCCGUCUACCUGUCCCCGGGUGGGAUAGGCUACGACAAGCUGAGGGGUGCCCUUGGGGGUAAGCUGGAUCUGGACUGUGUGGCCAACGUGUCGAUCCGUAUCGGUCAGUGGACCGAGUGGGUUGAGUAUACUGGUAGUGGAGUUGGUGCCAAAGUCAGAUUGUAG